GUACUUACUACUUAUUACAUCGUUGAACAUAUUGUAUUGAGAUAAAUGCGCUUGCGCACUGCGUCAUAUAGUCAUACUUAUCAUUUAUGAAUCAGCUGACGAAGAAAGAUUGUUCCUGCAAAUUUUAACCGUAUUGAAAGAAAAAAUAAAAAAGUAUGUCGUUAAACACAGCGCACGCUAACGGCGGUGUUUUAAUACACGCUGGAGAAUGCAUAUUAUUAUUCUGUGAUCAUGUCACAAUGGAAUUCCAUGGACAAGAACAAGCAGAAUUUAUUGGUAGCAAACGUGGCAGAUUAUAUUUAACUACACACAGAAUGAUUUUUAAUGCCAAAGAUCAAAAGGAAAAAAUGCAAUCAUUUAGCUUCCCAUUUAUAACAUUGAGUGAAGUUGAAGUAGAACAACCAAUGUUUGGAGCUAAUUACAUCAAAGGUAAAUGUCGUGCUCAACCAAAUGGCAAUUGGAUUGGAGAAUGCAAGUUCAAAUUACAUUUUAAAAGCGGUGGUGCAAUAGAAUUUGGUCAAGCUAUGUUAAGAGCAGCAGCAAUGGCUCAACAAAAUGGACCUGUAAAUGAUGCUCCACCACCAUAUCAACCUCCAACAUCAAAUUGGUAUGCAGCACCACCACCUGCUUACCAAGCAGCACCAACAGGAUAUUAUGGAUGGCUACCACGAAAUGAUGCUUUUUCAGAUACACCACCAGCCAAUAGCGUAUAUAUGACGGAUAUGCCACCUCCAUAUCCUGGUAUAAAUACACCUUAUCAAGGAUAUGCAAAUGUACCACCACAAGGUGCAUGGGGAAAUUCCAGUCAACAGCCUGGUUGGACACCACCUCAACAAAAUGGUGCACCUGGAUGGGCUAAUCCAAGUUAUAAUGCCCAACCAAUGUCCCAAGCAGGUGCGUAUCCAAAUUAUGGACAGCCAGCAUAUAACAGUUAUUCGCAAAAUCCUCCUCCAUAUACUCCAUAUUCUCAAGGUAAUAAUUAUGUUCAAUCUGGCUAUUAUCCACAACAAAAUCCUUACAAUCCUUAUCCACCCAAUUAUUAAUUUUAUGUAUCAAGCUAUAUGUAUGCAUGUUUAUAUCAUAUUUUAUGUGAUAAAAUUUUUGAAAAUAAUUUUUAAAAUAAAAUGUAAUAAAUAUAUUAAUUAAUAUGUGUUAAAGACACAAAAAAAAAAUAUAUAUUAUACUAUUCUAUAUAAUAUAAAAAUUACAUGUAAUAUACAUAUUAUAAUGAAUAUUGAAUUAUUUUUCGAUACUUUUUUUUUUUAUCAAUUAUUAUUGUAAAUUAAGAUAUUAUAUUUUUGUUGCUUUUAUCAUAUAAUAGUUUUGUGAUAAUCAUUAUAAUAUAAAAACAUAGUAUGUCAUUAAAAUUUAGCCAAAUA